ACAAGAAGAAAGGCCGCUAAGUGCCGGCUGUGUGUAAGCCUAAACAUACUACACACCUUUCAUGUGAGUCUCCCUUCGUCCACGAAGAGGGGUUAGCACUGCUCGUAGAAACCGAUGAGAAAGCGAGAUGAUUCCUAGGGCACAGAUGAUUCGCUUCCAUGAAGGAAUUAAAUCUGAGCGAAAUAGCGCGCAGCACCCAGGUAUACGAUGCGUGCGCAUGCGUAGGGGUGGAGCCAAGCGCUAUUUGGCCAAUACGAUUGAAGGGAUGGUAUAGAGCUUCAGACAUUCGUCACACCGAGGGGUGUUCCCAUAUGGUGACGUCACCGCAGCAUCGAAGUGAACUAUGAAAGGGAAACCUCUUUCACAUGGUUUAUAAACACUGUUACACAAAAAGGACAUUGAUACAGACUACCAACUUUGUCUGUCAACAAUAAUAAACUAAAUAAAAAUAACUAGAGCUGCAAGAUAUGACACAAAGAAAAUAAAUUAUGAUCGUAUUGUAACAAGCUAUCAUGUUUGUGGUAUAUAAAGCAUAGAUAAACGUAUGAUGAAUUUCACCACGUCUUCUUAUUUCCAGUUUAAAGGCAGUUGGUAUCCAGCUUAUUGGUGCAUUACCGCUCCCUUCUGUUGCAGCAUAAUGAUUGAAAGUUGAACGUUUAUCGCUGAUUGGCCAACACCGUAACAUUCCUUUCACCAAUGAGAAACCUUUUGGCCCGCCCAUUUCCCCAGGCUUCCAUUCCCUUUUGGCACGCCCCUUCUAGCUACCUUUUGGCACGCCCAUUGCUCCAGGCUGCAGCUUCCCCUGUCUCUCUCUUGUGAGGAACGGUCACGAGCCACCUGCUGUGGAAACAUGAGCAAACUUUACUCCAGUACAGACUGGGCGGAAUAAUGGCUGGACGUAUGUGCAUAAGUUUGCUGAAUGCUUUGGUCAGGGGAAAUGUAAUAUUUAGGAACCAGGAAUGUGUGCGCAAAAGUAAACGUGUUGUGUUGAUCUCACGGUGUCACGCCAGGUCUCUGUCCAGCAUCAGCACGGUUCAACCGGACCUCAGCUCGCAUCUCGCUGGCAAGACCUACUCAGAUUUAUAUGAACUGUCAGUCAAAGAUCCAGAAACGUUCUGGGGAUCCAUCGCCAGGGAAAGGCUGACAUGGACCAAACCUUUCGAUCAAGUGACGGACUGCGAUCUCACCAGCGGGAAAAUCAACUGGUUUCUUGGAGGGCAGCUGAACGUCUCUGUGAACUGUUUGGAUGUACACGUGGCAAAGGAUCCAGACAGAGUAGCCUUGAUUUGGGAGAAAGAUGAACCUGGCACAGAAGAAAGGAUCACAUACAGGCAGCUUCUGGAGAGGACCUGUCGCCUUGCCAACACUUUAAAGAGUUAUGGUGUCCAGAGGGGAGAGCGGGUGGCCAUCUACAUGCCGGUGUCUCCUAUGGCAGUAGUAGCCAUGUUGGCCUGUGCUCGUAUCGGUGCCGUGCACACUGUGGUGUUUGCAGGGUUCAGCUCAGAGGCUCUGGCUGGCAGAAUUCAGGAUGCCCAGUGCAAGUUUGUCAUCACAUGCAACCAAGGUGUGAGGGGCGGCCGUAUCUUCGAUCUGAAGCCCAUGGUGGAUAAAGCAGUGAAGAGCUGUCCAUCUAUACGGCAUGUGUUUGUGGCCAAGAGAACUAACAAUAGUGUGCCGAUGGGCAAACUAGACAUUUCUUUAGAUGAGGUGAUGGCGGGCCAGUCGUCAGUGUGUGCUCCAGAGCCCAUGGACAGCGAGGAGAUGCUGUUCAUGCUGUAUACCUCAGGUAGUACAGGUAAACCCAAGGGCAUCGUGCACACACAGGCCGGUUACCUGCUCUACGCUUCCCUCACACAUCAGUAUGUGUUUGACUACACACCUGGAGAUGUAUUUGGCUGUGUUGCUGACAUCGGUUGGAUUACGGGGCACACAUACCUGGUGUACGGACCCCUGUGUAACGGAGCCACAUCUGUUCUGUUUGAGAGCACACCUGUGUACCCUAAUCCAGUUGCAGAUUCAGUUGUGGUGUAGUGGUUCCCAACCUUUUUCAACUCGGGGCCCACACAACCAAACACAUAUGUUUGCGCGGCCCACUGCAAAAAAAAUUAACUGUCCCCGCUAUUGUUGGGUUAAUAACUUAGUACUCAGAAGCUAGAUUGUUAACUGUAUAUAUUGAAUGAACUAGGGCUGUGCUAUCGCGAUUUCUUUGAUCAAUUUUGCGAAUUCGAUUUUUAUCAUGAUUUUGACACACACAGAUAUUUACAGUCAUAAAUGCAUUCAGAAUGAAUUUGAAACAUUUUUCCAAAAGAAAACCAAUUAGCUUUAUCAAAAAGUUGUAAUGUCUCUAUAACAGACAUAAUUAAAAAUUAUCACUAUAGUAAAGGUGUAACAAAAUGUAUAGAC